AUGGCGCGCCAGUCUUUGGUUGCGGGCGUGGCAGCGGUUGCCGUCGCCCUCGUGAGCGCCGCAGACAGCACCACGACGGUCUCGAUGCUGCAGCCGCUGGCCGAUGACGGGGAAGGGCUCACGCUCCGAGGCUCGGUGGUCGGGGUCGACGGCGACAAGACGACGUACGGGUUCGGCUGCGAGGCCGGGGCGUCGGCGGACAGCUGCUUGCCCGAGGGCACUUCCAUGACGGUGGUGCAAGGGCCGUCGACCUUGGUGCAGUCGAUCCAAGCCACCAUGUCCGACUGGGAUGGCAAGGUGGGCGGCGACGAGGCCGAGGACGCAGAGGAUCUGCUCCAUCAGUCCGCCGUCGUGUCUCUCGAACACUCCUGCAAGCUCAACCCGGACCAGAAUCGCGCAGAGUGCGGCGUCAUGGCUGCCGUGGCUGUCGGGUCGGCCACGUUCGUGUCGCAAGGCUCAGACGUCCUCACCGCGUACAAGGACAUGGUGUUUCCUGUUGUCAUUACUGCCGGUGUCGACAAGUUGUCGCCGGCUCCCGGGGCGACGCAGACUGGAAAUGUGCCCGCGGCGACGGGCAGUGCUGGUGCAUCUCGCACGACCUCGCUGGCUACGAUAUCUGGCUCCAAGGCACCUGCUUCUACCGCGUCUGCUUCCACGGCCGGUGCUACUACGACCAACGCUGCUGGUGCGGUGGUUCCUCGCCGUCUUGGCCUGGCCGGUGUUGCCGCUGGUAUUGGGGCAGCCCUGCUGCUCCUGUGA